UCUCGGAGGCCGACCCCGCCGGCCGAGGCCGGACCGGCAAGUGGCUAGGAAAAACUGCCGUUCCCGCCGCGCUUUCCCACCACCACCACCACCGGCCGCCGCUGCCCACUAUUUACGCCCGCCUCGGCCCCGGCCCCGAGAGCGACCGGCACUAGCGCAGCUGCGCGUGCGACCGAAAUAAACUACACGGCCCGAGCCGCGGCGCGCGCGAGGGAGGGAGAGCAGAGUCGGGCGCGCACGGGGACCGAGAGGAAAGCGGCGGGUGCCGGGCCGCCCGCGCCGGUGCCGAGGCAGGCAGGCCUGCCGGAUGCCGCGGCGCGCGGAGCUGAGCUGAGCUGUGCUGCCGCCGCCGCCGCCGCCCCCUCGCGAUCCUUCCGUUUCCUCCUCCCUCCCACCCACCAGUCCACCGCACACACCGUUUAUAACGCCCGCCUCCGUCCUCGCUCUCCUCCACUUCCGUCGCCGCGGCGGUCUCGUGCCCGCCCGCCCUCGCGCCCUCCUCACGUGCCCCACCAGCGCCGCGCUCGCCCGCUGGAUCUGGGCGCCCCUGGCGAAUCGAUGGCGGGGGCGGCGCUCGGAUUGUUGGGCGUCGGCGCGGUCGCGCUCCUAGCCGUCGCGUCAGUGGCGCUGCUUCCACUCGUCAGCUCCGACGACGGGUACAGGCACUGCGAGGGGGUCGUCAGGGGCUGGGCGGAUUCCUCUACUGGGCGGGAGAAGGAUGGGGACAAGCUGAGCCUCAAGGAUUUGCUCUUCUUCCUCCACAUUCCUAGGACUGGAGGACGCACCUACUUUCACUGCUUCCUGAAAAAGCUGUAUACAAAUGCGCAGGAAUGCCCGCGGUCUUACGAUAAGCUACGGUUCGACCCAAGCCAUCCUGACUGCAAGCUGGUUGUUACUCAUGAUGACUAUAGCUUAACUUCCAAGCUACCAAGGGAGAGAACUUCUGUUGUAACGAUACUGAGAAAUCCAGUUGAUCGUGUAUUUAGCACAUAUGAGUUCUCAGUUGAAGUUGCAGCUAGAUUCCUUGUGCACCCAAACCUAACUUCUGCAAAGUUAAUGACUACCCGUGUGUUAACAAAGUCUCGUGCUGUGAGUACUUUGGACAUCUGGCCUUGGAAGUACUUGGUUCCAUGGAUGAGAGAAGAUCUGUUUGCCAGGAGAGUUGCCAGGGGGUUUGACAAAGUGCAUAGUACCAAGAAGGUUAAUGCAUAUGAUGUGGAGGAUAUGGUUAUGCCAUUACACGAGUACAUCAAUGAUCCAGUUGCCCAUGAAAUCAUUCAUAAUGGCGCUACCUUUCAGAUUACUGGGCUAACAAACAAUUCAUACUUUGAUGGAGCACAUGAGGUUCGACAUUGUGUCAGACAGCAUCCAGAUCUUGGUCAUAUUGUGCUUGAAGUUGCUAAGAAGGAAUUUACAGUAGAUAAAUGCAUUAUGCCAAUACAAACAUAUCAUUCACUAUACAAAGGACUUACGGAGGAUCAUGAAGAAUCCGCGAGGUUGUUUGCUCAUAUGGUAGGAGCACAGGUGCUUUCACAAUCAGGGACAUUGAACUUAGAUCUGAAGGAAGAUCUACCCAGUGAGAAUGACUCUCACCCAUCCAUGGUGGAGCCGGAGGAAGAAGCAAGAAAUGAACAUCUGAAUAGCACCCAUGGUUGGCAAAAUAAUGAAGCCCUGAACUCCACGAGCGAUGAACAAGGAAAUGGAAAUAUGACUGUUGGUAAACUGAUGGAAGCUUAUGAAACUUGCAUUGCUAAACUGCGAAAGUCUCAAUCUAACCGUCGUAAAAUAUCCCUAAAGAAAGUUGCGGAAGCAAACUUUUCAAAAGAGGCACGGAAGCUGGUACCUGAGGCAAUAUUGAAGCAAAUUAUCUCGUUGAACAGCCUUGACAUGGAACUUUAUGAUCAUGCUAAGAAAAUUUUUACCCAGGAACAUUUGAUGCUUAAAGCUCAACAAUCUGUGGUGGGACAUCACAGACAGCUGGCAGAACAAAAGGGCUGGACAGACAUCAUCUGCGGCGACGGGAUUUGCUCUCCUUGGAUGGUGGUCAUGCUUGGCCUAGGGAUCGCAGCGAUCAUAGCUUUACUCUCAUUUGCUGUAACGACGAGAAGAAGAACGUCAAAACUUAAGGUCUAACAAUGAUUCGUGAGUCGGUCUCUAGAUUUUUGAUGUACAGUCUGAUGAUGCCCCCCCCCCCCCAAGACGUUGCCCUUGGCAUUCUUUGGGGGCAAAGAUGUUAACAUCCACAGAAUCAUCAUGUAUACAAGUAUGGGUGUUAACGAUUUAACAUGCCUCGUUGAUAGGAUGGCUGGAAGGCUCCAAGGAUUAUAGAAUGAUCGAGGAUCCCUUACAAAAAUGUCUCAAAGUGAAGACAUUUGAAUAUGAUGCUAUGGAAACUGAAUGCAUAUCGAGUUA